AUUGGGUGUUUUCGUGUGCUCGGAACACUGUACUCCAGAGUUUAGGGCUCUCCAUUCCGGUUCCUGCAAGCGUGAACAUUGCUUGGAUGCAUGGUGUUUUAUUCACGGUCAGCUCCGGUAGCCUUGGGGACGUACAUUUGUGCUUCGACAUUUGCGGGAACACAAAGGAAAGCACUCUGGAGAGCAUCCUGAACACUUGCUUGCCUUCGGUUUGCUCGCAGAUAGACAAGCUUCUGUCGUCUGACACGUUCAAAGACCUCAAAAGCAUAAGCCUCCUUGUGGCCGUCGACAGACUCACCAAAGCCGUCCCCGAUGCCAAGCAAUGGGAGGAGCAACUUGCUCCGCGGUUUCCAGGGUUAGUCAAACGAGGUAUCUUCCACGCCACAGCGAGAGUUAACUUGAUAAAAUAUAUAGCCCAUAUGGUCCAUAGCGCUCGUACUCGGGAAAUAGGAGGAUCCGUCUUGAAAUCCUCGCGCGAACAUGCGAGCCGUAAGGCUGCUUGUUCGUUUGUGACAGUGCACAGCAUCAUCUUCCGGUGCUGCCGACUACAUUGCUCCUGUGCGAAUUUUGACUCGUUAUCGCGAUGCUUAAUAGAGCUCCCUUCACUACAUAUCAGUCCAAGGGGAUGCGCGAACUGGUGCAAGGCUGCUGAAGAAGCUUUCGGAACUUUCAGAGCGUGUGCGGGGAGAUACUUAGUUAUCUGAGGAGCGGACCUGGCGCAGCUGUCGACGGCCGCGAUGAUACUCGACGUAAACUGCCCCGGCUGGAGAGGCUGAAGAUUUCGAUUGCGAACGGAAGUCGUGGAUGAUGAACCGAUGCACAGAGAAACGUUCCUGCGUCUGCCCGUGAUGGGGUGACGUUUCCAUCGCGCCUCGUGCUCGGAUCUGAGAUUUAGACAUGAUCUCCUCGAUCGCACGGCACCGCGAUCGCAUCAAGAUCGCCUCAUCCAUAGUUAAUCCUUUGCAAUCUUGCAGUCAAAUUGUAAUUAUAG